AUGGCUAGGCCAGUUAAUACAAACGCUGAAACGGAAUCGAGAGGCAGACCCACUCAGGGUGGUGGUUACGCAAGUAACAACAAUGGCAGCUGUAACAACAACAAUGGCAGCAAUAAUAACAAUAAUAACAAUAAUAAUAAUAAUAAUAACAGCAAUAACAGCAAUAACAAUAACGGGCCUACCUCCAGCGGGAGAACCAAUGGGAAGCAAAGACUCACAGCUGCACAACAGCAGUACAUUAAGAAUCUCAUAGAGACACAUAUCACCGACAACCACCCUGAUCUGCGCCCCAAGAGUCACCCAAUGGAUUUCGAAGAGUAUACGGAUGCGUUCCUGAGAAGGUAUAAAGACCACUUUCAAUUGGACGUACCGGACAACCUGACGCUGCAGGGAUACUUAUUGGGUUCCAAAUUGGGCGCGAAGACUUAUUCAUACAAGAGGAACACACAGGGGCAGCACGAUAAAAGGAUACAUAAGAGAGACCUGGCCAACGUGGUGAGAAGGCAUUUCGAUGAGCAUUCCAUUAAAGAGACAGAUUGCAUACCGCAAUUUAUAUACAAGGUAAAAAACCAGAAGAAGAAAUUCAAGAUGGAAUUUCGGGGUUGA